AUAUUCUCCAUGACCAAAUGGACAGCGAUGGAAGUAUUCACUAUGGAUCUUGCACUACAAAAGUUAUUCUGCAAUUUGAAGGACAAGAGGCAAUGGCGAACUAGAUAGAAACUUAAUGCCGACUUCCACCUUGACUACUUGCAUCUUCCUAUGUGUACUUAUCUUUCACCCUUUGGUGCUUCCUUCCUAGCAGCUGUUUGGAACAUACAAGCCUGCCUUUUCUUGAAGUCCAGGGAAUAUUGGAGCUUUGCUCGUUGCCUGCCUCGUACCAUUGCUGAUCAUGAGAGCCCAAAGAGGAAAGCAGUCAGAGCCGUCUUGGCCAUCAAUGGUGAUGAAAAAAUGGCUAAAGAUUAAGCCAAAAUUAAAUGAUUUCAGUGGAGACGAGUUUGAUACAGAGAGCGAGGAUAACGAUGGUAGUGACUCUGGAGAUGAUAGCUUCUUUGAGAUACAUGGUAACAAGUACAUGGCUAGCAAAUCAACAGAUCUAUGCUUUAGCCUCUAGGGACAGAAGUAUCCUAGAUCAAAUAAUCCUGACCAGUCAUGUUACAGUUGGAGAGAAAAUAGUUCCUCCUUUGCGAAGGCUUCAGAGAAGGAAAUCAGAGAGUUUGCGUGUUAACUACAUAAGUAGCAAAGAUGUGAGGGUGAUGGUAGGAACAUGGAAUGUUGCUGGAAGGAUGCCUAGUGAAGACCUGGACCUUGAUCAGUGGCUUUGUACCCAAGAGCCAGCAGACAUGUAUGUUUUAGGUUUCCAGGAAGUGGUCCCACUAAGCGCUGGGAAUGUGUUGGGAGCAGAGGACAGUAGACCAAUACGAAAAUGGGAGUCUGUUAUCCGCCGAACACUAAACAAGUCUCAGCAACCCAAGACAAUCUGCAAAAGCUACAGUGCUCCACUAUCACCAUUACUAGGACCUGUUGUUUCUAGCAAUGGACAUGAAUAUACAAAAUGCGAACCUGAGGAUGAAGUGACGGCAAAUUUAACUCCGCAUCUUAAAGAUAAGCAAACUAGUAUAAGUGAGCUUAGUUGCAACUGGUUGGACUGGCCAGAACAUCCACUAGACACCCCAUCAAAUGUUUUGGUAUCAGGUGCAGGGUUGAGGAGAGUCAUGAGCUUCGGGCUAUCUAGCACCAACUUUGUGGAAACCCCUCGAGGUCUUGAGCUACAAGAUGUAGCUUUGCAAGCUGGGAUAAGAAGGCAGUAUCAUAGCUCGGGCAAUCUUGGCAUGUUAUGGUCUGAACAGCAGGAGAAGCUUGAUGUUUUAAAUUCGCUUGAUCCCAUAUCUGAUUUGACAUCAGAAGAAGACUCACCUUCUGUUGGCACUGUUGAGGAAGGUGUUACUCUUGGGAGAAGAGAAUCUUCAAAGUCUCGUGCGAAUUAUGUGCGCAUUGUUAGUAAACAAAUGGUUGGUAUAUAUGUUUCUGUAUGGGUUUCCCGAAAACUGAGGCAGCAUGUGAACAACUUGGAGGUAGCUUCAGUUGGGGUUGGACUCCUGGGCUACAUGGGCAACAAGGGAUCAAUUUCCAUCAGCAUGUCUCUUUUCCAGACUCGAUUGUGCUUUGUCUGCUCCCAUCUUGCAUCUGGCCAUAAGUCUGGGGAUCAACAGAAAAGGAACUCUGAUGUGGAUGAGAUUUUACAAAGAACAAGAUUUUCUUCCUUGUUUGCUGCUGGUCGGCCACAAAAGAUUCCUUCACAUGAUCGAAUUUUCUGGUUUGGGGAUCUUAAUUAUCGCAUUGACCUGCCGGAUGCUGAAGUACGACAACUGGUGGCUAUGAAGAGGUGGGAUGAUCUUUUGAAGUCUGACCAGCUAACAAAGGAGCUAAUGAGUGGGAGUACUUUUGCCGGUUGGAAGGAAGGCUUGAUUGACUUUCCACCAACUUACAAGUAUGAAAGAAAUUCAAGCAGAUACUAUGGGGAGCUUCCCAAUGAAUCAGAGAAAAAAAGAUCUCCAGCAUGGUGUGAUCGCAUACUAUGGCUGGGCAAGGGUACCAAGCAACUCUCGUAUUGGAGCUCUGGUUUGAGCCUCUCGGAUCACCGACCAGUCAGAGCCGUGUUCUUGGUGGAAGUUGAGGUGUUCGAUCAAAGAAAACUUGAACGGGUUUUGAACUUCACCAAUCCUGGAUUUGUUUCGAAGGGGAUUCAUUAUUGUAUGAUGGCUGAUCCCUGAAUUUCAGUCAAUAGCGCUGAGGAGCCGGCCAUUAAAAGUCUUGUCACGUGUGAUAGCUAAAAGAACAUACAGAUUGUCGCGUUAAGGUUUUGGUAUAUGCUGGGCGCUUGAGUGAGAGGUAACUGAAGUAUCGAUUACUAGAUUGUGCUUGUUAAGGGUAUAAUAGUUAAGGAUAUUAUUGUUAUAUCCUAGUCUAAUGUUUUCCUCUUACAUUUUAUAUAUUAUCUCCACAAACUACCAUUGAAUACAAGUUGCUAUUUUUAAUA